AUGAAGGUCUCAACCAUCACCCUCCCUAUGCUGGCCAGCCUGGCCACCGCCAACCCAGUCGAGCUCACCGAGCGACAAUCCUGCCCCCCAAUCCACAUCUUCGGCGCCCGCGAGACCACAGUCCCCCAAGGCUAUGGAACCUCCCAGGGGCUAGUCAACAUGGUAGCCCAGGCCUACCCCGGCGCCACGCGGGAAGCGAUCGUCUAUCCCGCCUGCGGUGGGCAAUCCCAAUGCGGCGGUGUGAGCUACGAGAAUUCUGCUCGCCAGGGGACCGCCGCCGUGGUCCGCGCCGUUACAACCCUCAACCAGCGGUGCCCCGACACCAAGAUCGUCCUGAUCGGAUACUCCCAGGGCGGUCAGAUCAUGGACGGCGCGCUCUGCGGCGGGGCGGGCGCUACCCUCACGGGUGCUCCUCUUGCUGCCGUCAAGGCGGCUAUUUUCAUGGGCGAUCCGAUGUAUAACCAGGGGUUGCCGUACAAUGUUGGGACUUGCAGGGCUAGAGGGUUUGCCGGCCGACCCAACGGCUUCCAGUGCUCCCCGGGCAACCCGGCAAUCAUCCAGUCGUACUGCGACUCGACCGACCCGUAUUGCUGCACUGGCAACGAUGCCAACUCGCAUCAGCAGUAUGUCAACAAGUACGGGCAGCAGGCCUUGGCUUUCAUCCGUCGCCAGCUGGAUGCUGCGUAA